UUGAUGUACCGGUAGGUGCGUCUGCGCUGCAUCGUUGUCGUCGGUCAUAACGGAUCUCUGUGCGUCAGGCCGCCGGAGGGAGGGAAGAGACUUGCGGGUGGCGGAGCUCGGGUGACUCUCGCAGCCGGUCGUCUUUCCACGCAGCCGGACGGCGCUCACUCUUCGUUUUAAAAGGGGGCAUUUUGACUCUGGCUGCAACGGACUGAGCUUCCCCCCCUCCCGCCCGCCCCCCUCUCUCUCAGGACACGAUAAUACUCAUCAUAUUAUAUUCCCGACUGUGACGUCAAAAGUUCAUUUUGUUUAAAAGUCAUCCCGCGCCUCCGCGCUCGAGACGUCGCGCGAGCUCCACGGCUCGUCUUCCUCCCGUUUCUCUCGACCGAGGUCCACCGUCCGGCGGGGAUGUGGUCCAGGCUGCUGCUGCUGCUGGUUUGCUGCUGCGCCGCUGCGGUCGCAGUGUUUUCAGCCGACGGCGGCGAGGCGGAGGCGGACGGGGAUGUGGGUCCGAACCGCGAGAGGACCUCGCCGGAGAGAGCGAGGGAGGGAGAAAGGACGGUUCCGAAGGAGGGGAGCCUGCUGAGAGACGCGGGGGCGAAGGCGGCGAAGCAGGCGCAGGUCCCGGACGCCGGUGACGGGCCGGCCGGGGAUCAGCUCACCUCCGAGCCUCUGAAAGACGAGGAGGACAACCAGGAGAACAUCAUGACACAGCUGCUGGGGGACUACGACAAGGUGAAGACCAUCUCCUCGGGGUCCGACUGUGUGUGUCGCUGCAUCGUUCGCCCGAUUGAGCGUUCGGCCUGCGACCAUACCCGCGGCGACGGCCCGGCGUCACCCGCCCAGAAUUUCUACACUGUGGAGACGGUUACCAAGGGAACAGACUGCAGGAACUGUGUGUGUUUGGCCCCGCCCUCCGCCGUUAACCCUUGUGAGGGGGAAUACAGGUUUAAAAAACUACAGGAGGCGGGCCGGGAUGAUGUUAAGCUGUCUACCAUCCUCGACCUGUUAGAAGGCUCUAUGUAUGGGAUGGACCUGUUAAAGCUACACUCCGUCACCACCAAGCUUCUGACCAGGGUGGAUAACAUGGAGAAGGCUCUCUCUCGUAACUCCGUGGAGCGAGGGAAAGAGAAGGAGAAAGACAAGCGGGCCCAGCAGCGCCAGGAGAAGAAGAAGAAAGUGGCCGAUGUGGAGCGUCCUACUCAAAAAAAUGGAGCGGCCGUUUUUACAAACAAACAGAAGCAUUAUGAGGAGCGUUACGUGGGCGGUCCGCUGAAGAAAAACCAGCAGCCGCUGAGAAACAACACAGGAAACCAGACGCCUGUGAAAGACAAGAAAGAGUCGCAGAGUUCGGUGAAAGAGAAGAACAACAUGGUGAUCAGGGGUGUGACCUUCUACAUGGCAGAAGGAGGGAGCAAAGAGGAGGAGAAGGAGCAAAGGAGAGGAAGAGGGGAUGCUGGUGCAGCUACUUUAGGGAAAAAUUCUUCUGUCGAAUUGCUGAUCUCAGAUCAGCUACCUCCGGCCGCAACUCCCCUUGUCCAGAGGGCAGAAUCUCUCACUGUUGCGGCCCAAAAACCAGCCAUGAAGGGCUCGACGGGGAAAAAGAGUCCGCCGACAAUCAGCCCCCAAACAACAAGCACACAUACCACAACUGUAACCACACUAGCCACUACUACAGCGCAACCCACGACUGAAUUGACUUCUGCCACACCAACUACAGCUACAGAACCAACAACCACAACUGCAACCACAACGACAACUACGACAACUAAGCAAACUACCAGUACGGAACCAAGUACGACGAAAGCAACCACUACUAUUCAACCCAUUAGCCCCACCUACGCCCCACCUUUUGCACAGCCGAACACUCCACCAGUUCAUGCGUCUCCUGCCCAGACAGUCAGAAGUCGACUGAGCUGGACAGAGAAUCCUGCAGACAGACCAACGACCACCAAAAAACCUGGUGUGUGUAAGGACACAGUCGCCAGCAUCUCAGAGCCAGUCCAGCAGCAUUCUUAUGGCCAUGGCGACGGAGCCUGGAUGAGGGAUGCGCGCGGCCAUGGCAAUGUCAUCUACCUUACCAACGGUCACUAUGGUAACAACUUGCUGGAGUUCCGGGACAUGGACACCUUCAGAUCAGGUCAGGCUAGUAACUCAUACAAGCUGCCAUACAGUUUCACUGGUACAGGCCAUGUUGUGUUUAACGGGGCAUUCUACUACAACCGCGCCUUCAGCCGGGACAUCAUUAGGUACGACCUGAGACACCGAUACGUGGCCGCCUGGACAACCCUACACGAUGCCUUACUGGAGGAACAAGUUCACAGGGCACACACUGAGGUGGAGUUCGCGGUAGACGAGUCAGGGUUGUGGCUGCUCUACCCGGCCCUGGACACCGAGGGCUUCCACCAGGAAGUAAUCCUCCUCACCCAGCUCCACCCGCGGGACCUGCAGCCGAUACGGAGCUUCCGCACGGGCAUGCGGCGCAGCCUCUACGGCGACAGCUUCCUGGUGUGCGGCGUGCUGUACGCGGUGGACAGCAUGGAGCGUCUCCACGCCAACGUGACGUACGCCUUCGACACGCACACGCUCACUCACACGGUGCCCAAGCUGGCCUUCACCAACAUGCACGCGCACACCUCGCAGCUGUCCUACUGCCCGCUGGACAGGAAGCUGUACGGAUGGGACAACGGACACCAGAUGCUCUACGACGUCAUCUUUGCUUACUAGCACGCCAAACCCUCCGGACCCCGGGGGGGACAGGACAGGAUGGAGAGAGAAGUUGAUGAGACGGGGACGAAUAGUACUUGGACAAUAUGACGGCAAAGCAAACAAAAAAAGGUCAAGGGUAGAAAUAAAAGAGUAACCGGUAUUUUUGCGACAUUUUGGACUUGGGUGACUGUGGACCGGUGUAACGGGACGUCCUCCCGGCUGCGCACCUCCGGUUCAUAUCAACCCAUCUGUCAUUUCAGACUCCACCCGCUCCCAUUUCAGUAUUUAAACUCGUCAAAAACAACGCGAGGCCAGCCCCGAGACCCUUCCCUUUAAUGGAAACAGAAAAUCCCUCGGGUUUUCCCGGGGAUCAAUAUCUUCCAUGAGCUCAAUGCCUCCUCGUCUCAGAGUUUCAUUAGAAGUCAUUAAGUUCUGAGACGCUUUCGAGGACCGGCGUCCAGAGAAUUCCCGGCCCUCGAGCGCCGGCUGACCGACCAAAAAAAAGCCAUACUCCGGCGGAGGAGCGAGGAGGGCCGGAAUCUUAGCUUGCUCCUUUUAAGAUGGCCAUGGGCCUCCGAAAACGUCCGCCGUGUAAGAAGCGCAGGCGGAGCCGUCCGCAUCCAACCACCCUCCACAAUCAGCCGCGCCAGUAUCAUCACAAAUCCAGCCUCCGUAACGACAACCGCUUGGCUGGUCAGUGCCGUCUAUCGCCGGAGGCCGGAAAAGGCACAUCACUUCCACGAGGCCGGGAAUGGCACAUCACUUCCACGAUGACUCCAUCCGUGACGGGGCAGCAUCCUUUUCUUCUCCAUUAACAAAGCCUGUAUGUUUGUGCGGCGCGUGUCUGCCGAGACCACUGCAUGUGUACAUUUUCUUCUAUCCAGCACUUUUUUUUUUAAAAAAAUAUUACCGUGUAUACGUUUUAGCCUGCCUGGGCGUGGGAGUGGAACUGCCAACCCUGGCAAGCGUUAGCGCCCCGCUUUACCGAAAAGAAAAGAGAAAAAAACACAAAAAAAAGCAAAAGGAAGGAAAGUGUCACCCUGGCAGCGUCGGUGAAUUUUCUCCCCCCGCCUAAUGAACUGCAGAAAAGCACCUAGGUGAGAUUUAUUUCAACUAAAAGAAAAAUAACCAAAUUCUCCACGACACCGUUUUGCUUGAUGCAGAAACCCCCCCCCCCCCUUUUAUGUAAUGACCCCGGCUGUAGGACAACCACAUAGACAACGUUGGUCUCAACCGCUUUGCAAGGGGUUACGCAUAUCGGGGGGGGGGGUUGUUGUUGUUGUUGUUGUUGUUGUUUUGUAUAUCCUGUAAUUUAUAAUAAAACUUCAU